CACUUGUCCGUCGGUCUGGGAGGUGCCUGGGAUAAUCAGUGGUGAGGCUGGUAGUGUUUCCUCCCUCCCUUAGCUCGGAGUACCUACCCACACAUCCUCUAUUCCGACUGCCGCUGAAAAAAAGUCAAGGAACAGACGAAUCCCAAACUGUUAUUGUGAGUGCGAGAGAAACAGUGACCAAAGUGAUUGUCGGUAUGGCAGCGCGCGGGGUCCUCACUAGACUACGACUGCUGGGGAAUUGAGUGUUAGUGUGGUUGGUGGUGGUGUGACGCGGGGAGUGCACUGGCGCGGCACCAUGGUCCAGGAGACUGAGGAUAUGGCCGGACACCAUUACAGCACAGGUGUGCGGUCUGUGGUGAGCAGUUAGGUAGCAGCCCCAGGAGCCCCGCCCGCCCCUGGGAGUCGCUGCAGGAUGGCGACCCCGGCGCGGACUGACGAAGACUGCGUGGCACCCGCUGCCUCUGUACUCCCGAUGUCCACUCUUGCCGCCGCCGCCGCUUCGAUUCCAAGUUGGGUUGGAAUGGCAGUGACAAUAGCACGGCCAUGUUCCGCAGAUACCGAGGUGAUGAAACCGAUGGCGCUGGAGAUGUGCGAGGGCUGCGGGCGGACCAUUCACGACCGGUUCAUUAUGAGAGUCAUCGAUACCUCCUGGCACGAAGAUUGUCUGGUGUGCUGCGUGUGUCGGGUGCAGCUGCAACACUCCUGCUUCGCCCGGGAUAGCAAGAUCUACUGCAAGCUUGACUAUGACAGGCUGUUCUCUGUGAAGUGCGCGGGUUGCGGCGACCGUCUGCUGCCCCACGAACUAGUCAUGCGGGCACAGUCUCUCGUGUUCCACCUGCACUGCUUUGCCUGCGUGGUGUGCUGUCAGGUGCUACAGAAGGGGGACCAGUACGUGCUUCGCGGUCACCAGCUCUUCUGCCGCGCUGACUACGAGAAGGAAAUGUUUCUGCUGCAGCAACAUGGGCCGCAGAGUGAGUGGCUGUGUCCCCUUGGCGAUGACUUUAUAGUGGAUGACGGGUCGCGGCCUCGGGAUGGCAGACGAGGACCCAAACGCCCCCGCACCAUACUGACGUCGGCACAGAGGAAGCAGUUCAUGGCCUCCUUCAGCGUGUCUCCGAAGCCCUGCAGGAAGGUUCGGGAACAGCUGGCCAAGGAGACUGGACUGAGCGUUCGAGUGGUGCAAGUUUGGUUCCAGAAUCAGCGAGCUAAGAUGAAGAAGCUGCAGCGGAGAGCCAAACAGACGGAGCACAACAACAACAAUGACAAAGACGACAAAGAUGACAAGGGUGAUGUCGCCAAGAAGGAGGGAGGCGGAGAGGGCCAGUACGGCGGGCUCACUCCCAUUGAUUCUUUGGACUCGCCCUACGCCACCACGCCCAAGAGCUCUGCCGUUCCGUACUCCCCCGAGGGCGAAAGCUUCCCUGCGCACAGUGGCGACUCGUUCUGUGGUUCUGACAUCAGCUUUGAGGAGGGACGCAUGGAUCAGUUUGACGACCAAGGAGAGAUGUCGUCUGGAGGAGGCGCAGCGCCACCUUCCACCCAGGCGCCGCCCGACGUGCCGACGAUGGUGGGCGUGACGGGCAGUAUUUACCCUCAGAUCAACCCGAUUGACAAGCUCUACCUCAUGCAGAACUCUUACUUUGACCACUGACGCCAGCCCCUCUCUCGCCCUCCCGACACCCUCAAGCUGGGAGGUGUUGUCGCCAGGCUGAAGGAGAGUGAGACGCGGGGGUUGACAUCCCAGCUACCAGAGGGCGCUAAUCCUGGGGUGGGGGGCUGUCUGGCCAGAGGGGUCGGGGCCAUGCCUGUGGCGGGCUCCUUGCCGAGAUUAGGCGGCCUCCCUGUGGUGGGUCGCCUCCCGACGUGGGAAUUCCCUUACUAACUUUUUGAGACGGAGAAAACACGACCGGCGGUGGGGCGGGGCCGGGCUGCUGGCGGUUGACCCACGCCCACCGCCGCCCCAGCUCACCCCUCUCCUGGAUUGAUGUGCAUGAGGGGUGGGGGGAGAACAAACCACAUCGGAAAAGUGAGGGUCUGCUCAGUGCCUGCCGCCAUCUCGCUCCCCGCAGCUCGGCAACCCAGGUCGGUGAGGCUCGCCGCCACCAUCAACGCCCAACGCGGCAGCACCUCCACGUCUCGCGGGCACCACUCAGCCCGCACCAGCGCCUCAAGGUCGCCUCGGCACGCGAUUCGCCGGCCUGUCCUGGGCUGCAGCAGCUGCGGGUGGCUUGUCGGGGCGGGGCCUGUCCCUCCCUGGGCGGCGCCGCGUCCCUGAAGGUUUGCUGUCACGGGGCGCCUUUCCUCCUGCCGGUCCGUGAACUACCCUGUGAUGGCGGGGCGCCGAGAGGAAGCCAGCUGAUGACGUGCGCCGGCGUGUAUGUGUUGCGUGCUCGCGCGUGGACCAACCGAGUGAAGUGUCUCUGUUACUGAAAGAAAAGACUACUAAAGCUAAGUAUUUGUGAGCCGGUGAGUGUGUCCUGGCCGCGCCCCGACGCUUCUAUGUACAAAUGUGGCGAUGGAAACAAAACAUUUUACUCUGUUCACUUUUAAUGUAUAUAAGUGUGACGUCAAAGUCAUGUGACUAUGUGCAAGUGCUGUGGUGCAGUGGGUGCGUGUGGCGGCGGCGGUGGCGGCGACGGAGGGGAUUUGCCUGGACGCUACGUGGUGGUGGUGUUGGUGGUGCCUCGCCCUCCACACGCACACACACACAUACACACACACACGUAUCCGCUCGCUCACCGCACUUGCUGGACAUCAAAAGAAAGAAAAAAUAAAUCAAGAAUGAACCAAAAUGUUCCUAGUCAACUAUGAGCUUUGAAAACUACAAAUGUAUGUUUCACCGUAGGAUGUAUGUUAGGCGUCCCCGCAGCGGGCGAGGGCGGGAGGUACUCGGCUCGCCUCCCAAUAUGGCCCCGUCCGACGUGUAAAUACAUACAUAUGUCCUCACAAGUUCAUGAUCAUGUUAUACCAAAGAUUCUAGAAUUUAUAAUCUCAAAACAACACGCCUGAAUUCCUCCCAUCCUUCUCCGCUGACAUUCACAUCAUCACUGCGUUUAUUCUCAACCGCAAGAUUUGUUUGGUUGUUCUACAUGUGAUAUUUGCUUUUAUUUUCACCAUCACUCAUGUGUCUGACGCCCUUUGGCUCUUUGCUGGCCACAAGAACCACGUCUCGGCUCUCCACUCCUCUCUGCAUACUUGUCUAUGGCCCGUAUUCUCAAACCCUUCUGUGCUUCACCUCCACUAUUUCAAGAGGAUUUAUUUAAAUUUACUCGAGUCUUUUAAGGUAUUUUUGUGGUUCUAGAGGCAGAGUGACAAGAUUUCUACACUAUUAAUUGUAGAAACAUUCUUGAAACCCCCGCUAAUCAUCUCUGUGGUCUUGGAAAAUAGUCGCGGUGAGAGAGCAGAGCGUUUCUGAAUACGGGCCAUAUAUGCUCACCGGAGUCCCUCUGAGGCUGCGUGGUGAGAUGCGUCAGUACUGGUGGUGAGGAGGGAGCAUGAGAGAGACUGGUGAUAAUGGUGAUGGUGGUGGCGGUGGUGGUGGUGGUUGGGUGGUGGCAGGCUGUCGAUAAUAGUGUCUGUUGUUGUUUAUCUAUGUUUGUCUUUUCAUUUUCCCUUCCUUCUCUUCUUCAGUUGUCGUCUUUACUAUCUUCCUUCUCUUACUUUAGAUUAGAUAUAUAUUGUAGCAGCUGUGGAUUAUCGCAAACAGCUGAGAUGGUUUACUUUGUUUACAUUCAUUUGUGUUCACCUCUGCUCUCUCUCUCUCUCUCUCUCUCUCUCUCUCUCUCUCUCUCUCUCUCUCUCUCUCUCUCUCUAGCCAUUCCCUUUAAAACAAGUGCAGUAUGAGUGACGCUUCAUUAUUUUCAUGUAAAACUGCAUAUUCAUGUUAAUUUCCUUGAUGUUGGUUGAAGCCGAGUCACAUACAAAGCUAUAUAAUUACAACUUUUGAAUAUUAUCGAAAAAUUAGUGUCAUUGUGUUAUUUUUUUUUGGGGGGGUAACGAUCGACUAUCAAAAGCAUAAUUAGAAGUGCCGUGAAUUCAGUAUAACUUCAAUCAUGGCAGAGUUUAAUGGAGCUGUUUGACAUUUAUAUCUUGUUCUCUAAUAAUAGCAAUAAUAUUUAAAAAUGUGUGUGAGUUUUAUACAUCGCCUGAAUCUCAUUGUCUUUAUCUUGUACGGCAUAAUUAUUUUUAUUUAUGCUUCACUUCUUAAUGAUGUGAUACUGGGGAUGCGCAUUCUCUCUCUCUCUCUCUCUCUCUCUCUCUCUCUCUCUUGCUCUUUUUACGGUUCCAAUCUCCUGUUUUUCUUUUGCUUGUUAUAGUUUCACAGAUUUCUUGUUUUUUUCCCACACUAGUAUUUAUUCUUUUAUCUUAUUUCUAAAUUACUAUUUUCUCGUUCAACCACACUUCGUUUUCUGUGAUUCCAAAACUGUACAAUCUUUGUCAUCUUCACUUCUGUUCGAUUUGCGCCAGAUUUCAUUCUGUCUUAUUGUUUUGUUUAAGUUAUUUCCGAAAAUGUAUCCUUGUCACUUGUUCCGUUUUUUUUUUUUUUUUUUUUGGCAUGCCACAGUUCGUUUUCUAUUAUUAUUUAUGUUAAAGUGACCCUUAAAACACACUUGUUCCAUUUUCCUCACUCUUUAUAAGGCAACUGCGCAACAAGACCACCACCACCACCAUCACCACCAUGACCACUACCUUCACCACUAAAGACCACGUUCAGAAAUACCUGGCUCCCUCACCACAACUUUUUUCUAAGUCCCCAGAGACGACUAGCAGGGUUUUCAAGGUAGUUUCUCUUUAUGAAAACUAGAAAUCUUGCUAAUUCAUCACCAGAACCAUAAAAAAAACCUUAAGAACACGAAUAUCUUCAACUAAAGCCUUUGAAAAUAGUCGCCAUGAGAGAGCAAAGCGUUUCUGAAUACGGGCCUAAAGGGCUAUACAUCAUCCACAUAGCGUUCACAUCACCACAUACCCUCACUGUCCCCUCACCUUUCACGCUUUCACUCGCCUACAUGGAUGAAAAGGAAGAAAUCACGUAUCACAUUCACCCUUGAUGUUCUUUGAGUCUGUUCUUACAUUUACAUCACAUCUCGUCACGUUUCCCUCACCCUUCAUGUUCUCAGGCGGCUACACGCUGGAAAAGUCACAUCUCACCUCCAGCUUUGAUGUUCACUCUGUCCUUCAAAGUGUAGCCGCGGACAGCAAGCCACGGGACGCACCUCCACGGCCCUCCUCCUCCUCCUCCUCCUCCUUCAAGUAGUGUGUCGAGGGCCAGGGGAGGCGCUGUGGUGCUGAGGUGUCCUGCUGAGGCUGCUGAGCGCGUCAUUAUGGACUAAGAAAGGGCUCCAGGUCCUUACUGUGUCACAAGGUGUAAAUAAUGCUAUAUGUCUUGAG